GUGAUUUGAGAUUGUGACAGCACAGUUCCUGGGACAAACAAAACAGUGACAACUGAACCUAAAUGAGGCCAGUGCAGCUUGUCACUUGCUUGAAUUAGGUGUUUUCUUCAUUUUAUGACACGAGGAACAAAACAAAGAAGCUCGAAAUGUUGGUAGAGGAAACAAAAUUGAGGUAGACCGGGCAAACAAGACAGUACACGUUAGCAUUAGAUUUUAGCCUUCGCUACGUCAAAAAUAUUUUUUUCUGAGAACCUCUUUUGUUUUGUUUUUUGUUACUGGCCUAACACUAUGUUGUAGACGCGCCUUACUUCCUAGUUGUGGUCCACGAACCCCCAAAAUAGUUAUUUUUACAAGCUCUGUCGGUGUUUAUCUUGUCAAGACAGCCUUCAACUUGCUGCUUAUCAACGAAAAAACCGCACCGAUGUAUUUUUGUCGAUUGUGUGGGCAAAAUAUUGCUACAAAGAUGACUUCUGUCGGCAAAGUGUUUAACGGGAGAGUUGCAAUGUGAGACACGGGCUGAAACAUGGAGGCAGUACGACCUAAGAAGACCAAAGCGAAAGUUGUUGGAAAGGUCAGGAAGCAAAAAACAACAGAAGACAAGGGAAAUGCCCCCUCAGCCGUGUGUGAUGAUGCUUUCACCAGCAUCCCUCUAUGUGCCCCACUCCAGGAACCACAGGAGGAAAAAUGUGAGCCCACUCUUGUGCCUGAGACUAAACCCGAGCCACUAAAUUUGCCCACAGAGGCGCACGAGCCUGCGUCAAAUGAGACUUUACAAUCAGUUCUAGAUUUGCCACAGACAUCACAAGCCUCGGUGCAACAGAAGAAAGGAAUUGAUUUGGACGUGAGCGUGUCGGGGUCUGAGAUUAUGGGCACGUCACAUGUUUCGACACAUUUAGACAUUAAAAGUGUCCCCAGUGCACCUUCUCUGUAUCCAUCUGUCCCAACACUGGAGGAAGGAUCCUUGAUUGAGCUUCACAGUGCGGCAGUGAAGAAUUCUGUGAAAGGACCUGCUGUUUUAGCAAUUGCCGAGCAGGAAUCUUCACCUAGUUUGGAGCCGCUGGAGUCUGUGGUUGAACUAUCCAAGACCAAACUCUACCCUGAAUUACCAAGAACCACAGCAGAAGUUCAGCCAUUCUCUUUGGAGCAGCUGAGCGUUUGGGAGCCUGGAGGAGGGUUACGAACUUGGCUCGAAGGCGUCGAAGUAUGCACAGCUCAGUUCUGUGCGCUCGCUCGACAGGAGAGUCACGAAUUAGCCGAACUUCUACAAAACUACUGGCGAUGUCGCAGACAGCUGACCCAAUCUCACACACAAUUACACACGCAGUCGUCAGACUGCAAAAGCACUCAGAAUCGUCUAUGGAGCUUCAGAGAUGAACAGUUAACACUUCAGGGAUUGUGUGCAGAUCAAUCGAAAGUGUGUGGAUACCAUCGCUUCCAGCAGGCAGAAUUCAGUCAUAGUGUGCUGGCUGAGCUGAGCAAACUCUUUGAAAUUCGCAGUGAACUUUUGCAUCAGAAGGUUGCACUACAUGCUUAUACUGCUCUGCUUUCACGCCUCCAGGUGGAAUUCUUCUUGUACCGCCUAUUAAAAGAAUGUUCUCCUAACCAAAGACAGCCAUGUUCUAUUCAACCAUUGAAAGAUGCCAUCAGCGUCCUCUUUAGUUUCAUGCGAAGAGUCCUUGAUGAUACACAAUUUCAGGCAGACAUUCAUCACUGGAUGGAAAUACUGGUGGCAGUGCUGCUACAUGUUGGAGGGUCAGGAGAGCACCUGUUCUUGCUGUGUCAUUUGCUGUGCUGUCCUGCUGGGGUUGGCAAGUGGGCUGCCCCCUUCCUUCAGAUCAAAGUGAAAGGGAACACCUGUGGAGUCCAGGACUUCAUGCAAGCUUUGGCAAUUCUUAUGUCACCUGCUCGACAUCGUGCAGAGUUUCUGACCCAUAUGAAACCAUGUGAGAACCUAAAUUCAGCGUCGUCUGGACCUGAAUCGGGCAACUGGACUCUUGUGGAUGAAGGAGGAGAAGAGGAUGAGGACCCAGAAAGCAGUUGGUUGCUGCUGUGUGAGGAUGACCUUGUCUCCUUUAUGACCCAGUUCCCGUUCCAGCAGCUCUAUUCACACAUGCUGGGGAUGAGCAAGCAUGGUGCCUAUGAGUCUCACGGGUACUCAAGCCAAAAGAUGAUGCGUGUGUUCGCUUUUGCCUCUUCACUCAUUGAAAUUCUCGCCCUCGGCCUACAAACCUAUAACAGGGCCCGAUACAGACAGCUUGUGAAACGAAUAGGACACAUGAUUCGGAUGACCCUGUGUUAUGUCAGUGAUCAUUGGGCACAAUAUGUUAGUGUGACUGGUACUAGUGGAUCCAGCACACACGUGCACUCUUUACCUCUGGAAAAGCUGCAGGUGGAAUAUGAUCAUCUAUUUCUCAGGGCUGUCCUGCAUGUUCUCAGAAGCAAAAGGUUGGGAAUUUGGUUAUUCAUGUCUGAAAUGCCAUAUGGGACUCUAUCCAGCCCCAUGCUUUGGAGGAUUCUUUAUGUAAUGCAGUGUGCUGAAACUGAAGGAGUGGAAACACUUAGUACUUCUCAUGACACCCAGGCCUGCAUUCAAGCUUUAAGCGAACCAGAACAUCAAGACAGGUUUGAGCUGUGGUUGUGUGAGGUUAACAGCUCUGACGGUAUCUCCCUCCUUACUGCACUUGCUCACAUGGCCACACCCACACAGUACUCUGAUCCUGCUUUCGUCACAACCAUCACUCUACUCAUUUACCAGGUGUCUUAUGUGAGCGUAUCCACCAGAGAAAUUUACUCUAAGGUUGGAAGAGAGUUGUUGGCUACCAUAGCCUCAGCCCAUCCCUUUAUUAUUUCUGUGCUACUGGGAAGGCUGAGAGAAACCAUCCAGACUGUGGGCAUGGUGGCACUGUACUUGUGUAAAGAGCUUCCCCUAAGCCUGUGGUGUCCUCAGCCAGAGGAGAUAUGCGUAAUUGGUGCGUGGUUGCUCCGGCAUCCUCUGUCUGCUGUGGAGAAUCGACUGGCUUGUGUAAUAUUAGAGGGUCUUAACUGGGGAUACUCACAGGAUGGAUCCUUGGCCUUGUCAUCAUCACUCCAUAGUGAAGUGGCUCUGCUAGUGGCUGAGGCGUAUCAAAAGUACCUGACUGACAAACCCUAUAGUGGUCUCAUAUCAGAAGGAAUUAAACAGGUGUCAUAUCUUGCGAGUGUCCUUCGCUUAGGCGUCUCCCCUGAGGCCUCUUUCAGUCAAUGGGCGUGGCAGCUCUUACUCAGGCUAAAGCUUCAUGCCAAUGCACAGAACCCAAAAGGGGCUUGGUCAGCUCCUGCUUUGGGGUCUGUCCCGCCUGCAGAACUCACGCACUCCCCCAGCAUGCACUCUGUUCUCCGAGCUGUAAAAGCAGGCAUCCCUAUUGGAGCAUACCUGUCGAUUGCCAUGACAACAGUGGGACACAGCCUGGAGCACUUUUGUACUGAGGGAGUCGGCUUGUUAAAGAGUUUGAUUCAGUCUCGGCACCUGCGCGCAGCUGUGCACCUUUUGGACAACAUCCUUCCUCAAAUCUACCCACUUAGUUUCUACCUUCUCAGCAACGCUCAGUUCCUAAGUAGCAUUCAGUUAUUCUUGCAGUACGACAGUGUGUGUCCUCAAGGUGUGACACAACAAGUGACACAUCGAGUAGCGCCGCUCCUCACUGGAACAACCUAUGGAGACAAUGUCCGACUGCUGAACAGUGUUAUUCAGAGCCAUGUGGUUGAGAGUUCACAGCCCAGUCGUGUGGGUGCUGCCGCUGUGCUGGAGUUUUGGGUGGGGAUUUUGACCCAGCAGAACCUAUGGUACCGGGACAAAACAGUGUUGUUCCUCAUUGAUCAAAUCUGUUUUGCGGCAUUCACACAUCAUCAGGAGGAUUGUCUACUGAAGCUCCUUCACCAACAGCAUAAGAAUGCUUUGGGUUACCAUGGAGAUCGAGGUCUGCUCUCCUCCCUGGUAGGCUGGAUUGCUGGAAAUGCAACACCGUCUUUUAUAGAGGGACAAUCACUGAGUGCAGAAGUUUGGUUUGCCUGGCUGGUGCUUAACAUGGAGGGCACAUUUGAGGAGGACUCUCAGCUCAGACGAUGUGUUGAAAAUGAGCUCUUGUCAGAGCCGAGUAUCUCUCCAGAACAAGCCUUAAAGAGGGCCCAGCAGAGGCUGAAGUUGCCAGUCACCCCAUCAUUGCAGCGACUACAAGUUUACCGUUGGGCCUGGCAGGCAUUGGCCACACCCCCUGACCACCCCCUCUUACCACUGGUUUGGCAGAAGUUCCUACAGCUGUACCUCAGGCAGCCCGGUCCCGAUUAUGGACUGGCUGCUGGUGGAUGCAUUGGCCGAAGAUUCUUCCAGUCGUCCUCUCAAGCCACAUUGCUACAAGACUUGAGGCAGAGAAUACAAACUGUAUCGGACUUCCACCAUGCUGCCAGUCAGGCCCUAAGGGUGCCGCCAACAGGCACAUCUUCAGCAGGCAACCAUGGCGACCAACGUCCUGGUAGCCCCUGCCGCUCCUACCUCACCUCUCCCCAGCUACACACAGAGUUGGUCAGGUUGUUUGGUGUUUUUGCCCUGUGGUUGGAUGAUGAAACUCUGCAGAAGCAGGAAAUUUACCUUCCUUCUCUUCCACCCGAAUAUGAACCACACAGACUUGCCCAGGUUAUGCAGCAGCAACAGGAACUGUGGCUGGAAUAUAUCGACCAAGAGCGUCUGCAGUAUGAAAAGAAGGAGGUACUGUCCAUGUGGGAGAAGGUGCAGAGCGAGCCAUCAUUCCUUCAAACCCAAAACUCCAGCUUGACUGACUAUACGAGCUCCAGCAAUGCAAAGGAUCGUAUCCAGUCCAACUUGCAGAAGCAUCCGGUGCCACUUCCACCUCCCGAUCUCCAACACAUGAAAUCUCCAGUGCCUGAGGUUCCCAACGUUUGUCUCUCUGACUCCAAAGCUGCUGCUGACCUACUUCAACGGGAUCUCAGCAUACUGCAGGACCAAGCCAGGAGUGCGGUAUCACGAGAAGCCCAGCAGGUGGCCAUGGAACAGGAGCUUUUGGAAAGUCUGCCUCUGCUUUACAAGAACCGACCAGAGCAAGUGACCAUGAGCCUGGAAUGUAAAGGAAAAGGAGGGCAACCAUGCCAGGGUCCAGCUAAUAUCAGCGUCACAUGUGAGUGUGUCCAGAGACAGGAGGCGGUGCAGACUCAGAUAACGUCACUACGCAGGGACAUCAAGAACCUCCAUACUGACGCUAUGGCUCCUCCUCCUCAAAGCCUGGCUCAGGCUGCUGUCCACACAGAGAAUUUUAUUACGGCUCUUGUGAACAUGUACAAAUCCCAGAAAUCCCCAUCAGUGCAUCAUGUUGGCGUAUCAGCCUUCUACCAGGUGGUGUCGUUUGUGUGUGAAGACACAUUACGACAUCCACCAACACGCCAGUACCUCUCGUCUUGUGUGGAGAUCCUGGGACAGGUUUUCAUCCAGGGUAAUCCUGAAGAAUGUAACCGUGUCCUGAAGACCAUCCUGGAACAGAGACGUCUUUGCCCUCUUAUUUCUCCUUUCUUCACGCCUAACGCAGCGCCUGGCCAGAUGGUCUCACUCUACCAAGACGUAGUGGCAUCACUACAUCUUGAUAGUGCAGACGUCAUUUUCAUGCUACUCACAAAGUUUGAUUUGUCCAACUGGUUGAACGAAGCUCAUCCCGUAUUUUCCGAGAGGACCCAGUUACUAGAACUCGUCCAUGGAGGCCUUUGUGUAUGCGGCCGAGAACCCGAACAGGAACUUCUCACCCCUUUUCACCUUUUCACCAAACACUGGACCUUGCUUUUACGCCACCACUUCCCUGACCACUACAGUGACUGCCUGCGUCUGCUUAUGACCAGUUCAUCAAACCAGCUACUCAGUCCAGAAUGCUGGAAAGUGACAAUGCGAGCGCUCGGCUGCUCAUCGACUUCCCGCAGCAGCAAGAACAAAUGCGAACAAGGGCAAAGCUCCGACGUCCCUGCUCGCAGAACUGGGUCUCCCUACAGAUCACAAAUCACCCUCUCACCUCAGCAGGUGGAUGAAACGAUAGACUGGCUCAGUGAUUACUUCCUACGCAGUCGCCUCAGCAAACCUGACUUGCGUAGUUUUGGCCUCUACUCUGCCUGGUCUCCUUACAUUAGUGAGGUUGUUACUUUCUGCGACUAUUUGGUUAACUGUCUAAGCAGCGUGUCAAUUAGCAGCUGCGCCAGAGAUUCUGUAGGCAGCAAGAGAAUAAUGAAAGCUCUUCACGAACUACACAAUAAGAUUGUGAAGUUGUUUAAGCCGUGGAUCUUUCCUCUGAACACUGAAGAUGGAAGUAAUCUCAAGUGUUACCCUUGGUUGGAGACCGAUGCGAGUGUCGCAGGGUGCCUGGUCGCUCUUUAUGCUCAACACGUUGACAAACUGCAUCAGAUAUUCAAAGACCGCCUACUUCCUGGCCAAAGAGGUGCACUGUGGCUUACUGUGAUGCUGUACUGUGAAAACUGCACUUCUCCACGGACUCCAGAGUACCUGUUAUACCUGUACCACUCUCACCUGCGCAACCUGCCGUGGAGAUACCUGCAUCCCGACACACUGCUCAUGGAGCAGCUCUUCAAUGUAGAGAGAGGAAGUCCCAAAAGCUGCUUCCUCUUUAUGGGGGAGAUUUUAUGUGAAGUAAACUGGAUCAGUGUCCUAAGUGACCACUUAAACCCACCUCCAGAACUGGUAACUGGCCCACUUCAGUCUAAUUUGGAGCAACAGAAGGAAGAUUCGCAUACCAUGCUGGUGUAUCUGUUAUACAUGCUCGUUUUUCUGGCAAAAGAGGAGCAGCUCCUCAGCCAACAGGACUCCCCACUUCUCAGUCUGCUGAUCCAAUGCACAUCACUGCCUUGGCACCAGUUAGAUCUGUCAUCCUACCAAGGGGUCAUGGCAUAUGUCAGCACUCACUACACUCCAUCUCUGCUGCUUAGCACUGAUUCUGCAACUCACUUGUUGCUUAAGUCACUACGUAGUGCUGCUGGACUCCACCCCCGCCCGUUUGAAGCUGCUCACAUGGAGGAGACGCUGAAGGCAGCUGCGUACGUAUCCUGGGCUGUGCAGUGUUUAGUGACUUUGGAACAAGCGGGCAGCAUCAGCGUGAGCAUCCUGGAGACACAACUGGAAGCACUGUUGGAGAGCAUCGUCUUUUUCAGCCCACCAGAGACGGGACUGGAGCAGAGGCACAUGGCCUUUUGCAGCCUUUUUAGCAGCGCGCUGGCCGCGCUCAACGGAGUCAGCGUCUCUACAGGCGAGGCCCUCGCGGUUCGUGUCAUCGCCUGGCUGGACAGGAAAGGGAGGGGCUUUCCCAUUCUGCCUCUGCUCACUGCUUGCUCCCGCUGUCUGGCCUCGGUGAGCCACAUGACUCGCAUCAUGGAGGCGUGCAUCACAGCGCACUUUAAACACGCUGAGGAGGAGUUUGUUGGCUGGGGUCCCGUGUUGGCAUCACUGCAAGUGCCCGAGCUCACAGCGGAAGACUUCCUGUCUGAGAGCCAAUCAGGAGGCAGCUUCCUGACACUUUACGCCAUCAUCCUCCAACGCCUUAAUUCUGAACACACAGGAGCCAAUGAGAGGAGGACCCUGGCUCUAAUCAACACAUGGACCAAUCAGGUGUUCCCCAGCGGACCAGGCAAUGAAGCUAAGCUGUUUCUUUGGUGGCACAAAGCACUGAAUCUCUCCGUUGAACAGCUGCAGCCUCAAGCGAGUCUCAGUGAAUUAUCAGGGGUGGUCUCCGGUCUGUUGAGAUUUCAAAGCAGGCUACUUCAGCUGGGAGAAGAAAGACUUAACUCUGGACUACUUGGGGCCAUCGGUCUUGGGAAGAAGUCCCCCGUUUCGAACAAAUUCAGGGUGGUGGUUCGUAGCCUAGCAGCGUUUCUCUCCGUGCAAGUGGCAUCAGAAAAUGAGCUCCGACUCCAGCCCACCUCUGACUUGCAAGUCUCUGCAAAAGCACAGCAAACGUUGAGUCUGCUUGAAGCCAUGACUAGCAAUAAGCAGUACGCUGAAUUGGAAGACUCGCUGAAAAAAGCCCUCCAGUUCAUCCGCUAUCCGGGUCACUGUUUGAAAGAUGGACCUCGACUGCUGGCCCUGCUGACAAACUUGCUCUACCCAGACCUCAGAUACCUUCAAAUUAUACAUUGAUCUUCACUCAAAAGCGGCCUGAUAGGAUGAAAACUCAAAACUAUUAUUAAAUGGCCUUUGUUGAGCCACUGUCCAUUUAUCCAAAAACCCAUCCUAGUCGCGUUUCUUCUUGCACUUUCUUCGUCUUAUUAUCAAGCCUUUUCGCUUUUUUAACAACUCAUCUGUUGAUCAUCACUGCCUAUUUAUUGAAGCAGAAUUUUGAAUCAAAACUGCAGUACAGACAGUACCGACAGGAAAUGGAACAAGAUAAGACAAAAGGAGGAAGCUGAAAGGACAUACCGAACAAAAAGCCUUUAGGAAUAUUGUGGAGAACGUCUACAAAAGUGAGCCUUGGUGCUUUUCACACAAAACAUUAAUGCCUUUCUGCGAAUCAGUAUUCAGUAUAUUCAUGUUGUACCAUAAGUGCUUUCUACCAAGAAAUGUUAAGGGUGACACUGAAAAGUACACAUAUUGUCUAAGAGAAGUAAUAAUAACUAGAAACUAAUUUCUGGAGAAAUUACGAUGGGGUUUUGCUGUGGUAGAUACAGAUCUAUCAGGUCACUUCCUGUUUAUUUGGGGAUUAAGGGACACGUCCUGUUGAUAUCAGGUCACUUCCUAUUGAUUUGGGGACCUUUCGGGGACACAUCCUGUUAAUAUCAUAUUUUCUGUUUAUUGGGGGACAUUUCGGGGACACGUCCUGUUGCAUGGCUGUCAAUGGCAUGGACUUACGCGGGUGCCAAUUGAAUGUUAGUGGUUUGUAAUGGUAAGUUUUGGGUUAAAAAUCAUAACACAGGUUUUUCUGCCAUUGAAAAUGAAUGGGAAAUUUGGACGUACAUGGCCGUCAAUGGCAUGGACGUGCAUGGCUGUCAAUGGAAUAGACGUACACGGGCGUCAAUGAAAUGGACGUACAUGGCUGACAAUGGUAUCAACUUACUUGGCACCAAUUGAAUGUCAAUGUGCUGUCAUGGUCAAUGGUCUAAUAAUAAAGUAUGAAUUAAGUUAGAAUAUUGUAAACCACGAAUAUAGUAUAUCUGCAUGAAUACAUGCAGAAAAAUACAAUGGGUUGUAAUGGUAAGUUUUUGGUUAUAAAUCACAACCACACAGGUUUUUUGCCAAUGAAAAUAUAUGGGAAACUUGGACGUGCACGGCCGCCAAUGGAAUGGACGUGCAUGGCUAUCAGCUUAGUUGGGCGCAAAUUGAAUGUCAAUGGGUUGUCAUGGUCAAUGGUCUAAUAAUAAAGUAUGAAUAAACCAGGAAUACAGUAUUAUGCAUGCAGGAAUAAUUGCAUACAAUUUACACAUAAAAAAACAUCAGGACAGUAAGGGGCAAAAAGGUUGUAUACAGAAUUUGCCAGAAACUUAGACAAUCCCCCCAAAAUUGGUCAAAAACUGUCCCACUCAUUUUUAAUGAGAUAGAAUUGACAGUCAUAGAUGUCCAAAUUUCCCAUUCAUUUUCAAUGGAAGAAAACAGAGGUCCUUUUGAUUUUUGACCCUCUACCAUGACAGCCUAUUGAUAUUCAACUGGCGCCCAAGUAAGUCGAUGCCAUUGACAGCAAUGCACGUCCAUGCCAAUGACAGCCAUGUACGUUUAAAUUUGCCGUUCAUUUUCAAUGGCAGAAAAACCUGUGUUGUUGUUGUGAUUUUUUUUUACCAAAAACCUACCAUUACAACCCAGUGACAUUCAAUUGGCACCCAUGUAAGUCCAUGCCAUUGAAGCCAUGCAGCAGGACGUGUCCCCAAAUCAACAGGAAGUGACCUGAUAGAUAUGAAUCCACCACAGCAAGGCCCCAUCGUAAUUUCUCUAGAAAUCUUAUUGGCAAAGAAUGCUAAGAUCAUCAACCAGAAGUGAUUUUUAACAAAUAUUUAUGAAUUGAAUAAAGGUAGUAGAUAUCUAAAGAGGGUUUACGUGAGAAUUUGGAUUCAAAAUUUACUUUUCUUGUGAUACAUACAAUUUAUUUAAUCAGAAAUAGAAUCCAAAAUGGUUUUACAUUUACUUAUAAAUAUACUUGUUUUCCUUUUCGGUGUCACUGCAAUACUCCUUGGUAGCGGUUCUUUCUUUUUUUUGCCAAAGGCCUUGUUUUUCUUUGUUUGUUUUUUGUUUUUUGUUUGUUUUUUUAAAUCUUGUGUUCCAUAAUUUUCGGACUGUAAGGCACACCUGACUAUAAGCUCCCACCCCCAAAUUUGACACAGAAACGGCAUUUGUUCAUAGAUAAGCCGCACUGGACUAUAAGCUGCAGCUGUCUUCACUGUAUUAUGGGAUACAGUAUUUACAUUAAAAGAUAUUAGCCGGUAGCAAUGUAUUUGACAGUGGCAACAUAAGACUGUCGUAGGUCCAAAUGAACCACCAUGAAGCUUUGAAUCAAUUGGCUGCAAAGCUUCAUUGCUUCAAGAAGCUUCAUUUGGCCAUCACUGCCCCAGCAGGGCUCUGCGACUCUUAUUUUGUCUACAGACACAUACAAAUAUUGAUACUCUUGCGCACACACACACACCCUCCCUCCCCUUCAGUCUGCCACUGCCUUUUUCUCACUAUCACUGAUUCCCCCCCUCCCUCCAGCCAUGACUGGUAGUUCUUUUUUUUUUUUCGGACAAAAAAUCCCAGCACGUGACCUGUGCGUCGUGUCAUACCCAUGCUAUGUUGUAUGAUAUAUGUGUGUCUAUUUGUAACUUGCUCUGUAAUUUCUGAAGAAGACAGAGAAAUGGCGGCGCGGAACAAAGUCUGCAUCGGCCCGAUGCUCACUCAUCGACAGUCAACCUCUGCUGCCACCUGCUGUCAACACUUUUGUCAUUCAACCUGCCUCCUAGAAUGCAUUGCAUCGCUACCAAUGUGAAUAACAAUUGAAAUCAUGUUCUGUGCUCAUUAUUUCUUCAGUUACUGUUCCAGUUCUUUCAAUAAUUGCUAGUUAUGGUAUUUGGUAACACUUUAUUUGACCGUGGCGCCAUAAGACUGUUUAUAAGACAAUCUUAAUUGUGACAUGACACUGUCAUGAGAAUUAAUGAAUGCUUAUAACAGAUGCCAUUUAGUUAAGUUCAAGUUAUCUCACUUUUGAAUGGAUGUAAAAGAUCCGAGCUGGACAUACAGUGGGGCAAAUAAGUAUUUAGUCAACCACUAAUUGUGCAAGUUCUCCCACUUGAAAAUAUUAGAGAGGCCUGUAAUUGUCAACAUGGUUAAACCUCAACCAUGCGAGACAGAAUGUGUGGGGGGGGGGGGGAACAGAAAAUCUCAUUGUUUGAUUUUUAAAGAAUUUAUUUGCAAAUCAUGGUGGAAAAUAAGUAUUUGGUCAAUACCAAAAGUUCAUCUCAAUACUUUGUUAUGUACCCUUUGUUGGCAAUAACGGAGGCCAAACGUUUACUGUAACUCUUCACAAGCUUUUCACACACUGUUGCUGGUAUUUUGGCCCAUUCCUCCAUGCAGAUCUCCUCUAGAGCAGUGAUGUUUUGGGGCUGUCGUUGGGCAACACGGACUUUUAACUUCAUCCACAGAUUUUCUAUGGGGUUGAGAUCUGGAGACUGGCUAGACCACUCCAGGACCUUGAAAUGCUUCUUACGAAGCCACUCCUUUGUUGCCCUGGCUGUGUGUUUGGGAUCAUUGUCAUGCUGAAAGACCCAACCACGUCUCAUCUUCAAUGCCCUUGCUGAUGGAAGGAGAUUUUCAUUCAAAAUCUCUCGAUACAUGGCCCAUUCAUUCUUUCCUUUACACAGAUCAGUCGUCCUGGUCCCUUUGCAGAAACACAGCCCCAAAGCAUGAUGUUUCCACCCCCAUGCUUCAAAUGUGUAUGGUUUUCUUCGGAUGCAAUUCAGUAUUCUUUCUCCUCCAAACAAGAGAACCUGUGUUUCUACCAAAAAGUUCUAUUUUGGUUUCAGCUGACCAAAACACAUUCUCCCAGUCCUCUUCUGGAUCAUCCAAAUGCUCUGUAGCGUACCGCAGACGAGCCUGGACGUGUACUUUCUUCAGCAGGGGGCACGUCUGGCAGUGCAGAAUUUGAGUCCCUGGCGGCGCAUUGUGUUACUGAUAGUAGCCUUUGUUACUGUGGUCCCAGCUCUCUGUAGGUCAUUCACUAGGUCCCCCCGUGUGGUUCUGGGAUUUUUGCUCACCCUUCUUAUCAUUUUGACGCCACGGGGUGAAAUCUUGCAUGGAGCCCCAGAUCAAGGGAGAUUAUCAGUGGUCUUGUGUGUCUUCCAUUUUCUAAUAAUUGCUCCCACAGUUGAUAUCUUUACACCAAGCGUUUUACCUAUUGCAGAAUAAGUCUUCCCAGCCUGGUGCAGGUCUACAAUUUUGUCUCUGGGGUCCUUCGACAGCUCUUUGGUCUUGGCCAUAGUGGAGUUUGGAGUGUGACUGACUGAGUUUGUGGACAGGUGUCUUUUAUCCCGAUAAUGUGUUCAAACAGGUGCCAUUAAUACAGGUAACGAGUGGAGCCUCGUUAGACCUCGUGAGACCUCGUUAGAAGAAGUUAGACCUCUUUGACAGCCAGCAAUCUUGCUUGUUUGUAGGUGACCAAAUACUUAUUUUCCACUCUAAUUUGGGAAUAAAUUCUUUAAAAAUCAAACAAUGUGAUUUUCUGGGGGUUUUUUCUGUCAUGCUUGAGGUUUACCCAUGUUGAUGACAAUUACAGGCCUCUAAUCUUUUCAAGUAGGAGAACUUGCACAAUUGGUGGUUGACGAAAUACUUAUUUGCCCCCACUGUAAAUGGAGUUAGUGACAUAAUUUUCUGGAUGCCACUUAAUGACAUCUGUCAUAAGCAUUCAGUUAUGACCAUGAUAGUGUCAUGUCAUAAUUAUGACGGUCUUAUGAAAGUUCUACGACGCCACUGUCAAAUAAAGCAUUACCUGUUAAUCCAAAUAAAUCAACAAAUAAGGACUGGACUAUAAGUCGCAGGAUUCAAAUUGAGGGGGAAAAGUAGUGGCUUAUAGUAAGAAAAUUACGGUACAAAUAUACUUCUCCUUUUCGGUGUCACAGCUAUACUCCUUGGUAGCGGUUCUUGCUUUUUUGCCAAAGUCCUUAUUAUUCUUUUGUCUUUUUUUUAAUUGUGUAAUUUUGAGUGUUGCAAAAAAAAUUACACAGGGGAACUCACAGCUACAUUGUACUAUUCCCCCCAAAAGGCACACACAAAUGGUGUUAUGUAAUGGUCUUAUGUUCUUCACCUGUUUUUCCACAUUUUCGCAGUGUGUCGUGCUGUGACUGUUAAUGUCUAAAGCAUUUCUUUUUGUAUGAGUCAGUGAUCAGAGGCGAGACUAAAGAGGACUGAACGUCUCACAUCUGCUGUUUGUUUCAGUGUUGGGUUGAGAAAGCAGGGACAAUCCUUACAUGUGGAAAAGUGGAACCACAAUGCAUCAAAGACUCGGCAAACAAAGCAUCGUGUAAUUUCGCCGGCAUCAACACUGGGGUGUCUAAACUGCAAUUAAAUCAUCUUUGUGUAUGAAAAAGUGCUUUAAUGUGGACUUCUGUGUGAGGCGAAGCUCACGUGUGCAUACGUUGAGUGUCCCUGUCUGACACCACCUCGGGCUACAGUCGUCUCUAUGGUUAUACAAAUUGUAGAAGUGGGAGAGGA